GUUUAAAAAAGGCAACUGCUCGGGUGGUGCCUGUGGCUCCACAGUGGGUAGGGUGCCUGCCCCAUAUACGGAGGGUGGCAGGUUCAAACCCAAUCCCAGCCAAACUGCAACAAAAAAAAGUAGCUGGGUGUUGUGGCGGGCGCCUGUAGUCCCAGCUACUCCGGAGGCUGAGGCAAGAGAAUCACCCUAGCCCAGGAGCUGGAGGUUGCUGUGAGCUGAAAGUGAGACUCUGUUUCUACAAAAAAAAAAAAAAAAAAUAAUAGGGAACUGCUCUAGUUAAAGCCUAGGGAGGGCUGGAGAGCGGAAAGAAUAGGAACCAUCCAUACCUCAGCCUUCCUCUGCAGGCAGCCCUUAGAGGGAUUUCCUUUGAGUAUACCCGGAAGUCCUUAAUCUGUCCCAGUAGACUUCAGAGAAGGUCAGUGACUUGCACAAGGUUCUACAGAGCCUGACUCCCAGGCCAGGGCUCUGGACUCCAUUCCUUUGCUAAAGGGCUGUGUCCUGAGUAAGAUCAGGGAGCAGCUAGUCAGGCUCCUUCCACCUUUCAACUCUCUUAACUUGAAACUUGGGAAGAGGGCCAAGACUCUGGUGUGAAUGAUGCUUUUCUCAUCCUGGAGCAACUUCCUUUCUGGGAACUGGGUGUCUCCUUCUGGGCAAAGACAAUAAAAUUCAUCCAAGAGGCCAGAGGAGCAGGGUUCCUCCUGCCCCCACCCAGAUGGGCAUCACGUGGCUCCUGGGUUAGUAGUCCAGGAAAAUUCCAGCCCUUGCACACUUGGCCUCACACUGCCAUCUGCUCACUCACUCUGACACACUAAGCCUCUCUAACUCACCUUGAACAUUCAAUAUUGCAUAUACCCUAGCACACUCUUUUCACCCUCAGCUUCUGCCACCUUUUUUUUUUUUUUUGAGACAGAGUCUCUCUGUUAUCCAGGCUAGAGUGCAGUGGCCUUAUCAUAGCUCACUGUAACCUCAAACUCCUGGGUUCAAGGGGAUCCUCCUACUUCAGCCUCCUGAGUAGCUGGGACUGCAGGUGCCUGCCACUAUGCCCAGCUAAUUUUUCUAUUUUUGUAGAGACAGAGUCUGUCUCUUGCUCAGGCUGUUCUUGAACUCCUGAUUUCAAGGAAUCCUUCCAUCUUGGCCUCCCAGAGUGCUAGGAUUACAGGUGUGAGCCACUGUGCCUGACCAGUUUCUGCUACUUGUCUUUGAGCAAUAUUGCCAGGCUUUCCCUAAUCUCAAAGUGGCAGCCUUCCUCUGUCACUCUCCUCAAAACCACCAUGUCCCUGGGGCCACUGAAAUUCCAGGCGUUGGGAGAAGAUGAAGAGGAGGAGGAGAGCCUGGACUCUGUGAAGGCACUGACAGCCAAACUGCAGCUGCAGACUCGAAGGCCAUCAUAUCUGGAGUGGACAGCCCAGGUCCAGAGCCAGGCCUGGCACAGGGCCCAAGCCAAACCUGGGCAAGGGGCACCUGGAGCCAUCUGUGGCUUCGAUUCAAUGGAUUCUGCUCUUCAGUGGCUCCGACAGGAGCUGCGGGAAAUGCAGGCACAGGACCGGCAGCUGGCAGGACAGCUGCUGAGGCUGCGGGCCCAGCUGCAUCGGCUGAAGGUGGACCAAGUCUGUCACCUGCACCAGGAGCUGCUGAAUGACGCCGAGUUGGAGCUGGAGUUGGAGCCUGGGGGCGGCCUGGCUCUGGCCCCGCCGCUGCGGCACCUGGGCCUCACGCGCAUGAACAUCAGCGCCCGGCGCUUCACCCUUUGCUAAGGGACACCUGCUCUGCUCCCCUCCAGAGCCACCGCUUUCCCAGCCUGCCUGAGAAUAGGGGAGGGAGGGGUACGUGGAGGAGUUGGUGCCCCACAUGCUCCAGAGCCUGGCAGGGAAGUGGGGAACACUCAGGUCUCUGAGAACUGAGUCCCAAGAGCACAAAGCCCCACGAUCCCGUCGCCCCUACUGCCCUAGCUGGUGAGGGGGAAGGGUAGAAGCUUAGACGCCCAAGUUCUUCAAUAAACGCCCUCUC